CAUAUAAACCCCAUCACCACACACCCAAAAUCAUCUAAGGACUCAUCACCAUUUUCAUUUACUUAAAAAAAAAAAAAAAAAAAAAAAAAAAAAAAACACAUCAUAUCGAUCAUGGCUGCAAUGACCAAGGCAAUGUGCGUGGCCCUCAUCGCCGUCGUGAUGGUGGUGGCAGCCGCACCGCCUGCCGAGGCGGCGAUAAACUGCGACAUGGUGAUCUCAUUCUUGAGACCGUACCACCCAUGGGUGAGCAACAAAGGCCCACUUGGGCGCUGCUGCGGCGGAGUCAAGGGACUGAACGGCGCCGCCAAGUCCACCCCCGACCGCCAAAGGGCAUGCAGCUGCCUGAAAUCCAUCGCCGCCAGAUACCACGACAUCAUCCUCAGCAGAGCCGCCAUACUUCCUCAGCAAUGCGGUGUUAACAUUCCCUACAAGAUUAGCCUUUCCACUGACUGCUCUAAGGUGAGGUGAAUUUGAAUUUGGAGGAGGCCAUUUUGCAGGAGGAGUCUGUGUGGGCCUACACUACAGCCCCCACUUUUUUUUAAUUUGGUUAAUGCUGGGUAAUGAUGAUGCAAUGUAAUUUUAGUUAAAUAAUAUUGGUUGAGACUUUUCCUAAAAAUGUUAAUACUAUCUAAUUGCUUUA